GUAAUUAUUGACAUUAGAAGUAUGUGUGGGGUUCUAGAUAAAUCCAAAUAUGGUGCCUUGGGGACGCACGUGACGUAAUGCUGCCAAACAUUCACAUGCUGCAGGUUUGUGGGGCAAUAGGGCAAAUAAGGCUGAACUACCCGCCCCUGACAACCAUCACAAAGCCACACAAACCAGCAGCACAUUCAUCUGAAUGACAGCAACAUGAAACUCUGCACUAAACAUACUUCAUGCACACAAACAAACUAAAAACUUACUGAACUCUCUCUUUCAACGAUUCUGCGGAUCAGCGCUGAUGACACAAGAGCUCGUCGAUUAUUGAUCAAAGUGAUCUGACGAGAUUUUACAGUGAUUUUGGUAAGCAGGUGACUGAAAUCUCUCCACUCAAGCUGAAGAUGUCCACCCAUCAGAGCAGUGAUGGACACGAACAGAAAAGGCUGUAACCUUAUGGUUUCUCCAUCCAGUAUGGCCCAGCCCAUCACGGGACACCUGGCACCUCACCUGCGGGUCCACACGGGUCACUCCUUCUCUCCAUCGCACCGUCCUGCUCCGACGUCCAGCACUGAAGCGGACAUGAGCGCGGGCCCUGGAAACACUUUACUGUUCCCUUCUCUGAGUCUCCGUAGGCAGGUGCUGACCAAUGGGAAGCAUCAUGGAAUUCUGCACUUUUCCCAGUCGCCAGAGCAUCCAGGUCCUUCGUUGCCAUUCUCAUCUUCUUCCAUACAGUCAGUCCGAUCCAGCUGCCAUGACAACGGUAAGAAAGGUUAUUUGUCUGUGGGGCCGAACAGAAAGACACUUGGUCCGCGUGGAGGAUCAAACCUGCAGGUGACAAGCAGCGCUAUGAUGCUUCAGAGUUCUCCAUCUGUUCCACAAACAUCAACUCAUAAUUGUCUGUCUCAUGCCGUGGGCCUCGUGGUUCCAUUUACAGAUGCCCGGUCUUUGCUCUCCAGAGAAUCUUUAGCUUCCACCACACUCAGCAUUGCUGAGACACAGUCCAUACGUAGCAGUAAGUUGGACUGGCCCUUUGGUUAUCACGUUCUUCCACCCCUGGGCCAACAGAAUGCAUCCACGCAGACAUCAGAAGCGCUGGACCCCAACCAGGGAACUGCCCUGUCCGAGAGCACCCGUACCGCCAACCCCCCUUCUCUACCCCCUUAUCUGUUCAAAGAGGACGCCACCAGCCCGCGUCUCUCGGCUCGAUCCAAAAAGAGAGCUCUGUCCCUGUCUCCUCUCUCUGAUGGCAUCGACCUCAACUCCAUCAUCCGGACCUCACCCACGUCGUUGGUGGCGUACAUCAUCGGAUCUCGUGCCUCCCCGAGCUCGUAUCCCACCCCUUCGCCUCUGCAGUCGGACGUAUGCGGCCACCUGCUGGGCGUCAGAGGGAGCUGCAUCCCAAACCCACACAUUUCUAAAGAGGACGAUGUGGCGGACCGGGAAAGUUUCCGCAUGCAGCGCUUAGAGGAAGCGACCCUAGAACAUCAAUUCACCAAUCUGGUGGUGGAGCAUCAACUUUUGCCCAGACAGGACAUCAAAAAUGCGACACCUGCCACACAGAGCGCAUCCAACAACCUGUCGGCCUCAGUGCAGCUUCGGUUCGAACUUAGAGGCCCCCCGCCACCGUAUCACAGCCAUCAACACGUACGCAAAGCUCACGGCGAGCUCCCGGGUCACUAUCCAGCGGUGACCUCAGAUGACGUCAGGGUCCUUCCUGCGACUCUCUGCACCAUGCUAGAGGAGGAUGAGGAGGAGGAUUUUAGUGGAGGCCACUGCUGCUGCUGGUUGGACUGUGGAGCACUUUACAGCCAUCGGGAGGAGUUGGUCAAACACAUCGAGAAGAUCCACAUCGAUCAGCGCAAAGGUGAGGACUUCACCUGCUUCUGGGCCGGGUGUCCACGGAAAAACAAGCCUUUCAAUGCUCGCUACAAACUCCUCAUCCACAUGAGAGUUCAUUCUGGAGAGAAACCCAACAAGUGCUCGUUUGAGGGCUGUCAGAAGGCAUUCUCUCGCCUGGAGAACCUUAAAAUCCAUCUCAGGAGUCACACAGGCGAGAAGCCCUACGUGUGUCAACACCCCGGCUGUCAGAAAGCCUUCAGCAACUCCAGCGAUCGCGCCAAACACCAGCGCACGCACGUCGACACGAAACCGUACGUGUGUCAGAUCCGCGGCUGCAUGAAACGAUACACGGACCCCAGCUCUCUGCGCAAGCACGUCAAGUCUCACUCUUUGAAGGAGCAACAAGCCAGGAAAAAGCUGAGAUGGAGCACAGAAACCAGUCAGGACGGACUUACAGAAUGCUUGACUGUUCAGCCACUGCAGCACAUCCUCUCUCCACUGGACCUGAUUGAAAGCAAGCGUCAGUCCCCUACUGAUGAUCUGUAUGCAGGUGUCCUCACCCUAAAUCUGCCCGGCCACACUGUCCCCCUGCACAGUCCGAUGAAGAUCGCAAGUGAUCAACGAAACCAAAUCUCUCCAAAUGAACCCAGUAUUCAUCUGCCUUCCUUACCACAGAGCAACAGCAGGUUUAGGAUUCCUCUGUCACAUGAGAUGACCCCCGGUCCACCACCGCUGUUACCGCCUACAGUAUCUCCAUCGCCUCACCUCACGGUGACACGAAACGCCAGCAAACUACCCAGAUACUCCAAUCCCAGAACAUCCCAUCUUCCUAUUCAGGAGAGUUUCUCUGGUGAUGCCCAGACCAUGUUCUCAUACAGUGAGUCUCCGCUAGUUAUGCAAAUGACUGAGGGCGAUUUGGGCUCUUCUGACGCAUCUCAGCAGGAGCUUCAGCUGGUGCACAGCGCUCUGUCGGGCAUCUCUGCUGCGUUUGAUUGCCAGGCUGGACCUGAAGACUUUCUAGGGGUGCAGGUGCCGUCAGUGUCCGAGGACAAUUACCUCUACAUCCACGCCGUGGACAGAAGCCCAAGCCAGACCUCUUGUGUUUAUACCUGAGAGUGAAUACUGUAUAUAUCUCAUCCACCUAAACAUUGUCAGCUUCAAUUGUUUCGAUCAUGGAGGUAUUUGGUCGCUUAAGACACACCUGAAAUAUAUUAAUUUCAUAAUCGUGUGUGCAAACAAAUGAUCCUUGAUAAUACUUGCAGUGACUUGCUGGAUGAAUGAAGUUCACACAGGUGUCAUGCAAAGUAACCACAGGUGUGUUCCACAGUGCCACAGUACUUUUAGUCGAACUUGUGCUAUUUUAUUUGAUUAAAUAUGCAAUUAUUGUAGUUAAUGGAAUGGCACGCAGACAUUUUAAAAAGUGACUUAAGUGUCCAAAUACAAUGAAGGGCCGCUGUAUGUAUAUGCAAAACUGGUAGGUCUUUACACAAAACUGUUAAAAAGAUGAAAACUGAUAUGUAAAUAUAUAUGCAUAAAUCAAAUAUCUGUACAUGAGUUGUAUUUGAGGGGUUUAUAAUUAAGACAUCUGUAAGCAGUGAUCAUGUAUGUUAAUUAUGGAUCAUUUGUGUUCUAAUCCUAUGCACAUACAGACCAGACAUUAGACAACUUUAAUAUAAUACUAAUGCCAUUUACUCACCUUAAUUCUCUGUUGCCAUGUUAUACUUUAAACCAAAUCUGUAACAUCUGCAUUUUUUAUCUUUGGCCAAAAUGUCAAAUUUCCACAAAAGUCUUUGCUGUUAAAGGUAAUUCAGAGUAAAAUGAUUUAUACGUUUCUUUA